UAUUUUAUGCUCUCCGACUCACUCAUCUUUUAAGCAAGCAGGGUGGGGCUAGUGCGCGUGCGCGGUUUUAGUACUCCUCCCCAAACUGCCAACUCUUCGCGCAAGCGAAGUAGGCGCUCCUUGCCUGCUUUACGCGUGCGCACUAACGGGCCUGGCCCCGGAAGACCAGACGCCUGCGCAGUGGGGACUACAAUGACAGUCCCCGGGUGGGGCAUGGGCCAGUCAUGGCGGAGCCUUGGUCUGGGGAGUCUUUGCAGGCUCUGCCGACCACUGUGCUGGGCGCGCUAGGCACCCUGGGCAGCGAGUUCCUGCGGGAGUGGGAGGCGCAGGACAUGCGCGUGACUCUCUUCAAGCUGCUGCUACUGUGGUUGGUGUUAAGUCUCCUGGGCAUCCAGCUGGCGUGGGGGUUCUACGGGAGCACGGUGACAGGGCUGUAUCACCGCCCAGCUCUGGAUGUGUUCCUGCCCCCAGGUCUGGGCGGCCAGAACGGAUCCACACCUGAUGGCUCCACGCAUUUCACUUCGUGGGAAACAACAGCAAAUGAACCUCUCAAAACCCACAGAGAAUAAGGGAAGGCAGCAGAGGGAUCUCCAGGGACAUCACCGGGUCUGCUGGUUCCCACACUGGGUUCUGCUGCUACCCAGACCCAAGAGACAAUGGCAGGGAGAUCAGGCUUGGGGGCAGGGAGUACCCCAGUGCUUACAGGCCUGGGUCUCCACUGCCCUUGGCCUUGCCUCCAGCAGGCCCAGGCAUUGGGCCAGUCAAGUUUGCCUCUACCCUGAUCUGGGUGCCUUAAGGAGAAGGCAUGCUCCUCCCUCCUCUCUCAGGAGUCAGCUCAGGAGAAGCGUCUGGGUUGGGGAGGCCAGCAGUCCAUUUUCUGCUGUGGCUUGUUCUUGUCCCUUCCCAUCCCCCUGGGAUGUGACCCCACAGAAAUUCGUCCUGAGAGGAAACCUGAGGUUGACCAGCUCUGGAAUUUGUAAGGGAAGCCCGUUUUCCCCUAAGCUCUAAGUUUCUUGAAUUUGUUUUUGUUUUGUUGGCAGGGAGCCAAGGAAUUUUGGACUAGACAUGGCCUUAUCCUCUGUUGUUACUUAGCUGGCCAUUCCAGUGGAAGGCAGGGGGAGCUGGCGCUGCCCGGACUUGGAGGCACCAAACAUGCACCUCCCUGGCCCAUCCAGAGCUUUCCAGGUGUGAGUCAGGCUAUGGAAAUGGUCUCUUCCUGGAUAUGAACUCAUUCAUAGUCCUCUCAGUCCUUGUUGGCAAGCUGGGUGCCUGAAAGAGGCUGAGCCUUGAGGGGUGACCUUCCACCCCCCACUGCUUGAAGUGCCCAUGGGGUCAUACCCUGCCCCCUCCCAGGGAGAUACUGAGCAGUUAAGGAGGAGUGAUCCUGUGCUACUGUGCCCCGCAGCUUCAUUGCUUCCCAUCUUGACCUGGAGUUAAAGCAGCUUCAUUCUAAGAAGCCACAGGCUCAGCUCCUCCCCACAAGCACCAUCUCAGCCCCCCAAGAACCCUCAACCGGAAAGAGCCACAGGCCUGCCACCUACACAGCGGACCAGGGGAGCUUCCAAAGGUGUGGGUGGCACAAUGCAGUUUCUGAAAGCAGCAUAUUGCUAGAACUGCCUCCUUUCCUGAAGGCCACACUCCCAACCUGCUUCUGCUGGGCCACCAGCUACCUCAGUGUCCCACCGCCUGCUUUCUCUAUUAGAGGUCACAUUUCUAUCUGGCAGCCUUUGGCUAGGCCACUUUGGCAGCAGAGGUGCACUGGACGUAGGCCCACACUGAACUGGUAUACGUGGACCUACUCGGGAGCUACCUCCUGGCUGGUUAGGAUGACUGUUUUGCAGCCCCAGCCCUACCCAUUGACACCACCUCACAGAAUCAGGGCCUCACGUUUCACCCCCGGUUUCACUGAGGAUGUGGCUUAUUAAACAUGGAAGUGCA